UUUCAAGCUGCCAAAGCUCUGUUGGAGACCACUUACAACUGAAGAAAGAAAAUGGUCUUAACUGCAAAAACCGUUGGCUGUGGUUCGAAGGGGAUGAAAGGCUUUGUGUUUUAUGUACUUUCCAGUAGAUUGUUCAUGGUUUUCGCUACACUCGUUAUAAUGUCUGUCAAUGGUUCAGGUUACAUGUUUGGUCUAUAUUCUAAUGACAUUAAAUCAACAUUGGGAUAUGAUCAAACAACUCUGAAUUUGCUCGGUUUCUUCAAGGACUUGGGUGGUAAUCUAGGAAUCGUGCCGGGACUCGUCUACGAAGUGGUGCCACCAUGGGUUGUUCUUGCCAUGGGUUCAUCAAUGAAUUUCUUUGGUUAUUUCAUGAUAUGGUUAUCGGUCACCGGCCGCGUAGCCAAGCCCCGGGUAUGGCAGAUGUGUUUGUAUAUGUGGAUAGCUGCAAAUUCGCAGUCGUUUCCGAACACCGGCGCAUUAGUCACAUGUGUUAAGAACUUCCCUGAAAACAGAGGCACUGUAUUAGGUCUUUUGAAGGGGUUCAUCGGUUUAAGUGGUGCAAUCAUGACUCAGUACUAUCAUGCAUUUUACAUGGACGACACGAAGGCUCUACUCUUGCUGCUUGUUUGGCUUCCAUCCAUUGUUCCCUUGAUUUUUCUUCGGACGAUUCGGAUUAUGAAAGUUGUUCGGACGGUAAAAGAGCUCGACAUCUUCUACAGAUUCCUGUACGUAGCUCUCGGGCUUGCUGGAUUCAUCCUAGUGGUGAUUAUUCUGCAAAACAAGGUCAGGUUUACCAGGAUUGAGUACAUAGGAAGCGCCGGUCUUGUUCUUCUUUUAUUACUUCUCCCACUUGUUAUUGUAAUAAUAGAAGAAUUUGGCUUUUGGUCCAACAGAGAUCAAGCUUCAAACCAUCAUUCACAACUCAAUGUUGUGACUGAAAAUCCUCCUACGGUUCCAUCAAGGCCAGUGGAAGUGAGAAUCAAUCCGUUUGCUUGUAUUAAAAAGAUCUUCAGUCCACCGGAGAGAGGCGAAGAUUACGGCAUUCUCCAAGCAAUUUUUAGCAUCGACAUGCUAAUUCUCUUCAUCGCAACAGCUUGCGGCACCGGUGGGGCAUUAACAGUUAUUGACAAUCUGGGACAACUUGGUAAAUCAUUAGGUUAUCCAACUUAUAGCAUAUCCACCUUUGUAUCCCUAGUGAGCAUAUGGAACUUCCUCGGACGGGUCUCGGCGGGCUAUUUAUCCGAAUUCGUGUUGACGAAAUACAACUUCCCUCGUCCCUUAAUGCUCACUCUAGUGAUCCUUUUGUCUUGUGUUGGCCAUCUUUUGAUUGCUUUUGCAGUCCCCAAUUCUCUUUAUUUUGCAUCGGUGAUGACAGGGUUCUGCCUUGGAGCACAACUGCCAUUACUGUGUGCAAUUAUAUCCGAACUGUUUGGUCUUAAACACUACUCCACAAUGUACAAUGUCGGGUCGAUUUCGAGCCCUGUUGGAUCCUACAUUUUCAAUGUGAGAGUUGCAGGCCAUUUAUAUGACAAGGAAGCUCUGAAGCAAAUGAAAGCUUUGGGACUUACAAGGAGACCGGGACUCGACCUGACAUGCAACGGUGCGACGUGUUUUAGAUCGGCGCUCAUAAUCAUCGGUGCAGCUACCUUGUUCGGGAGUAUUGUUUCAUUGAUUCUGGUUUUCCGGACAAGAGAAUUUUAUAAGGGUGAUAUCUACAAGAAAUUCAAAGAGGGCAUUGUUUCAACAGGAAAUGGUGAUAUUCCAUUAAGAUAAAUGGA